CAAUUCGAACUCAAAAAUGGCGUCACAUUUGGCCGGUUUACUUGGUCUAAGCAAUGAUGAGGACAACGUUGUUCCAUUUACGCCGAAGAAAGGAUUGCGUGGUACUCGUAGGCAGGUAACAAAUCUGGAUGUUGAAAAGAUGUCUUCGCUGCGCUUCUAUUAUGAUCUAAUGUCACAGCCCUCGCGGGCAUUGUUUAUCAUAUUUCGGCUAAGCGGCAUGCAGUAUGAGGAUUGUGUUGUUCAACUUCGGAAUGGUGAACAUCUGACAGAUGAGUUCAAGCACAACAUCAAUCGGUUUCAGCGUGUGCCCUGCAUCAAUGACAAUGGCUACAAGCUGGCCGAAAGUGUUGCCAUCUUGCGGUAUCUCAGUGCCAAGGGCAAGAUCCCCGAGCAUCUGUAUCCCAAGUAUUUUGUGGAUCAGGGACGUGUCGAUGAGUUCCUCGAGUGGCAGCACAACACGAUCCGUGUGACUUGUGCCCUCUACUUCCGUACGAUCUGGCUUGAUCCAUUGCUGACCGGGCGCACACCCACAGAGGCGAAGAUCGAGACAUUACGCAUCCAUAUGGAACGCAAUCUGGAUAUCAUCGAAGAGGUUUGGCUGGCCAAAAGUGAAUUCCUAACGGGCUCCUCGCUCACAGUAGCCGAUAUAUUUGCUGCUUGCGAAAUUGAACAGACACGCAUGGCCGACUACGAUGUACGUAUCAAGUAUCCGAAGAUACGUGCGUGGCUAAAACGCGUUCGACAAUCCUGCAAUCCCCACUAUGAUACGGCUCAUCAUUUUGUUUAUAAGAUAUCGGGCACUGGACCACAAGCCAAGCUUUAAAUGCAUUUAAAUAACAUUAUUUUGUUUUGUAAAUAUCGUAUUAUACAUAUCAUCGUUAUGGUUAAGUUAUUUCAUCGUUAAAGCGUAGCAAAUAAAUGUACAAAUGAUUGGAUA